AUGCCGCUCUUGAUAAUUCCAGAUAUGAUGAAAUACCAGUAUAGUCUAGCGUGUUUAACUGACAGUGGGAGGUUUUGUAAUAAUGUAGCCGCCGAGGCCGCAUAUGUUCUUGAUCCUGGAAGCAAUGACCCAGUCACAGGGAUUUCCAUUGCUCAACCCAACUCCACAGCGGGAGAAAUCCCGAAUCCAUGCGACCUCUGCUUCAUCAAAAACCUCCGCUUGCAAGCUGGAUCACCAUACUACGAUGGCCCCGCACUGGCAGAUAGCUCAGUGUACGAAUCCAAGACAUCAAGCUGUAGCAUCACAGGAAUGCCACUGACAACAACGGACCUUCUAUGGUAUACGGUAACCACUACAACUACUGCCCCACCAACUUCUACAUGCGCUGGUUCAGCCUACACUAUCCAAUCCGGGGAUACGUGUCAUACGAUUUCCAAAACUCAGGGAAUAAGUACUGCCUGGCUUCUCAUGGACAACAAUCUCCAGGCUUUCUGUAACGAAUUCCCUACCAGUGGCACACUCUGCCUAGCCAACAAAUGCCCGGUUUACACAGUCCUGGCGACCGAUACUUGCAGCUCUAUCGCAACGGCAUACAACGUUACCGAGCCACAAUUAAAAGCCUGGAAUCCCGUUAUAAAUGCCGGUUGCUACAAUAUGAACAAACUAGUCGGCACGGAGCUAUGUGUCGGUUCCCCUGGAAAAACUUACACCACCCCAACAGUUACGCUCGUCCAGCCUACUACGGCUACGACGCCGGCACCGGUCCCUACUGAUGUGGCAGAUCUCACUUCAACAUACUGCGGAAAGUAUUAUAUGGCUGUGACCGGGGAUUACUGCAACCUUAUUGUCCUUAGGUUCUCGAUAAGCAUGCCCGAUUUCGUUUUUUUGAACCCGGCCAUUAAUGUCAAUUGCACAAACUUAUUCGCAGAUGAGAGCUAUUGCGUACAGCCCGUAGGAGAUAGUUACUUGAUUCUCUCCUGUGUCCCCCGUUCUCCCCAUUUUAUAUCGUCUUGGCUAGAUUCUGGUCUGACCAACUACACAGUCAACACCUACCCUGGCAAAGCCGGUGCCUCGCAUCCUGUCACCGGAGCUCAAACCACUAUUCCAUUUUCUGCCCUACCAGACGUCACUCCAACUACUACCACAGGGGGUUCAAUAUCCACACCUUCCCCCAUUGCGACGGGAACUAGAAGGGACAGCAAUGACUACUUCCUCGGCGAUUCGUUCCCGUCUCUCCCUCCCCGAGAUGGCGCCGUAAGCGACUGUACAGAAUUUGAGAAUUUUUAUGACGAUGCCAGCACCUGUGCAGACUUCCUCAAUGCAUGGCAUCUCACCAUAGCCCAGUUCUUCGCGUACAACCCGGAAGUGAAUGCCGAUUGCUCAGGUCUGUGGCCAGCCUACCAGUACUGCGUCCGCGCCCCCCGAUACGUAGACACCUUCCCAUCAACAGCUACUGGCACGGGAACGACCACCACAACCCCAACCACACCGCCAACCGGAGUGGUGACCCCAACACCUAUCCAAGACGGUGUCAUCUCGACGUGCAACAAGUUUGCCAAGGCGGCGAGCGGCGAGUAUUGCUUGCUUUUCGCCGGUAACAACGGCAUCACCGCCGCCCAGCUUUACCUGUGGAAUACAGUCCUUGGUUCGAAUGGACAGAACUGCGAUUCCUUGUUCUGGGCCGACGAGUACUACUGCGUAGGCGUUUCAGGUACCUCGCCGCCUGCAACGACAACAUCUACGCCUGUGCAGACCCCGUCGCCAAUCCAGGAUGGGAUGGUGGCCAACUGUAAUAAAUUCGCUUUGGUGCCGGCGGGGUCGUAUUGUUCACUUUUCGCAGAUAACAACAGUAUUACGACAGCGCAGCUGUAUACGUAAAAUCCAGUUCUAAGUUCCAACAAAGAGAACUGCGGGAGCAGCUUCUGGGCGAAUGAGUAUUACUAUGUUAAGGUUAGUUCUUGAGUAACUCAAAAUCGUGCCGCCCAACUCAACUUGAGUUGGGCGGCACGAUUUUGAGAAGUACAGAUGCUGAAAUCGGGGUGCAUCCUUGAGUUUUAGGAAGUGAAGACGUUGAAACUGGAUGGGUGAUUAUGAAGUGGC